CACAGAUCAGCCAUAAGCCAUAUAAAUAACCCUCCUCUUUACCUUUUCGGCGCCUGAAUGCGAGCGACGGACUUUUCUGAUCACCUCUGCUCUGACCGCCGUUGCUCGUGGCAUUGCUGCAGACUACAGUUUUAUCAGCGUCCGCUCUCCACUAGAUCUGAGGGGUCCGACUGAAUCAAGAUGAUCGUUGAAGCUCUUCUUCUCAUUUUAGCUGCUCUAGGACGGGAGCACAGAGCUUUUAAAGAGACGCUUCCACUGGAUAUGGCACCGUAUUCAGUUGACGAUCAAUAUAAGGGUUGCGCAAAGAAAAUGGCAAAGCUGGUAGAGACAAAAUAUUUAGAGAAGGAAAUCGACAACUCGGGUGAUUUCAAAAUCGCAUGGAAAAAAGGGAAUGAAUUUGUCAGGACCCCGAAUGACAAACACCUGACAAAGAAUCAUUUAAUCGCCAUUUAUGUGUACAGCGACACUAACAUAUACAAGCCUUUUAAUCACGACACCCGUCGAGCUAAAAAACUGUACGAAAAGAGGAAAUAUAAAUGGUAUUCUCUUCACUUUCUGUUAACAGAUGCGAUACAGAUUCUGAAGAAAACACAAAACUCAUGCUAUGAUACUUAUCGUGGUACCAAGGCCGAAUUCGAUAAGAAACUUCUGAACAAAACCGUUCGGUUCGGCCAGUUUACUUCUUCCUCUCGUGAUCAGGAAAUAGCCCGGCGUUUUGGAAAAGUGUCUUGUUUUGAAAUCUACACGUGUAAAGGAGCGUACGUGGCAGAAUACUCCAAGCUUCCUCGCGAGGAGGAGGUCCUGAUUCCUCCAUACGAGACGUUUAACGUCGCCGACGUCAAGACGAGAGAGACACAGAAUAAUCUCUGGUGUGACACUGUGUACGUGUUGAAAAGCUCUGGGGAAAGAAGCGACCUCAACUGUGCUCUGUUCGAGAAACCAAUCAAGAACGUGCUGAAGUAAGGCGCUGUGCGCUUGAAAAAAAAUCAUGUAUCAGUUCCAUGCGAAGAUUUUCUGUCCUGUGUAAUCUGAAAACCCAACUUUGCUUCGACAUAAAAUAAAUUCAAUUA